AUGAGCAAUAUCAAUGCCAUUCCUGGAUCUGCUCAUGAAGCACUCAUUACUACUGUCGACUCCCAGAUUGACUCUUUUCUUUCUAGUAUGAGACUAAUGAUUGCUGCUGCUUCUAGUACUGCUUCUAGUACUACUUCCACUACUGCUGAUUCAUCUACCAACAGCAGAUACACAUUCUUAGCUGCCCAAGAAUCCUUGGUUGCUGGAGCAGCUACUGCAAAUAUGGCCCGUUCCAUUGAGCACCUUUUGAGCAUCACUACAAAACUCAAGCAGACUCUUGUAUUAAGUGACUUUGCUGCACUGAAUCAACAGAUCUUGCCUAGACAUCGUACUCUAACCAAUCAGAGUAGUCUAUGUAGAGAUACUCUUAUGGAAAUGAGAGACCAUCUCAUCAGAGUUCAUCAGAUUUUGGUGGAUGCUCUAUAUAGCCAACAGUCUAAUCUUCAUCCAGUCGACUCUUCCUAUUUAAGAAAACGAUAUCAGGAAUGCAACGAUUAUUUUCAUGCAAAAUGCCCAAUGUUUGGAUUGAAAGAAAGAUGUCAAGGAUGUGAAAUGUAUUGGAAUAGGAAUGUGAACAUCCGUUCAGUAUUUUCGUACAAGAAUGAGGACAAGGAUCGGUAA